AUGAUCGGCGCAUUUGUCGGAGAUGACCUUGCCUACAUGCAGAUGAGCAUGCGCGCUUGGGUAAUGCUGCAUCCGAUCUUCGGCGUUGCAGAGCCUUCUGCCCAGUUCCAUGUGGACGUAACGGAGUUGCCAUCGAUGUGGCUCGAGGAGUUGAACGACGUGGCUCUGGGAUCCGGCAGAUGUGGUGCAACACCCCCAUUCAGAGACUUCGAAGAACUGCGUCUGCAGCAGAUAAGCGAGCCGCCCCUAUCUGUCGUCUAUAUCGGUGUGUUCGCGGCUGUCGGGCGUUUCGAGCGCCAGCAGGACUAUGAAAAACCCACUGAAUCCGAGACCACCAUACAGUUCCACUCACGAGAUUUCAUCUGUCUUUCGCCGAUUGCCUGCUGCUCUCUGCGUGUUACGACUGGUGUUACUAUCGGAGGCCUCAUAGAAGGCAUCAAGGACGUGCUCAGGACGUUACUGGAUCCGCAAAAGUGCUGGGUCGCCGUAGAGAUGACCACGGAUAUCAACUUUCCCGCCUUCGGUGAUGAUCGCUGGAAGGCCAGCAUUAGUGAGGUGAAGGAACGGCAGUCGAGGGUCCUGGAUCUGUACUGGAGAAUAUAG